UGCGUUGCCAUUUCUGCACAAAGGACCCUAACAUCAUGAAAAUUUACACAUGCAGACCUCCUUCCCCAAUCCUCCUCUCCCUCAGAUUCCUCUCCGGCCACGGCCAGCCAGGGUUGAUCCGCCCCCUGCAGCUCGGGGAACUGCUGCGCCGCCGCCGGGCCGUCCAGAUCGCGGGCGCGGCCUUUCAGAGAGGUGCGGCAGCAUCGGCUCCUCCUGGUUGGGACCAGCAAAAUGGUUUAUCACUCUAGUUUUGUUGAUGAUGAUGGGGUCACCAAAGCUUGUGGUUGUCCUUUGCUUCCACUAAAAACUCAUAUAAAAGGCCCAGCCCCAGCCUCUGACCCAGAUAAAGCGGAUAUACUUGAUGAAGCCAUUACAUUCUUUCGAGCGAAUGUUUUCUUCAAGAAUUUUCACGUCAAAAGUCCAGCAGACAAAUUACUGAUAUAUCUGACAUUUUACGUCAAUAUUGCCUUGAAAAGACUAGAAGGCUGCCGGACACUGGCUGUUGGGACCAAGGCAAUCAUUAAUCUGGGCUUGGAGAAAGUUCCUGUGCCUGGGGAACCAGGGUUUCCUUUUCCUGGACUUUUCACUCUUCCCCAAUCUCAGGAGGAAGCAGAACUGUUGAGGAAUUAUUUGAAGCAGAUCAGGGAGGAAACAAGUGGAAGACUCCUCAACUGUGCAUACAGAGCUAAUGGCUUUCCAAACAAAUGGUGGUUGGCUUUUGCAAAGAGGAAGUUCAUGAACAUUGUCAUCCUUUAGACGUAGGCGUUUUCAGCAACAGGUUAGAUCUGUUUGUAGAAAUACUUGUUAUUUUCUUAUGAUUACGUGAAGUAUUAGGGAAAAAAAGAGUUGUUCUUCAUCUGGAGUGAUAUGCCAAAUAUUUGGAUGAGAUGAUGGAAAGAAUGCCCAAAAAUCAUUUCUCGCAAUGUUGAACUGAAGGAAAACUUUAGCCAUGUUGUCUUCCCUAAAUUUUCCCAUUUUGCGUCUUGGGUCUAUAACCUAAAAUUGGGCAUAUUUUCCAAUAAUGUGUCUAGGACGAGAUGACAUUUUGUACAGAUGUACUGAAUCUGUUACUUACAGUAAAUGUGAUAUUUAUGUUGUAAUAAUUAUUAAUUAUCCAUGGUAAACUCACUGCCCAUCUUGCGGUUCUCAA